GCCAAUUCCCUCCACUCCGACCCUCUCUCUUCCUCUCGUACUGUUCUCCUAGAGAGAGAGAGCGAGAGAGAGAGACUAGCAGGGAUGCAGACUGUAGAUUUCGGCGGGAGCGGCGGCUGGAGAGUAAACCGGAUGGGUAGUCCAUGGAGGCAGGUCGGAAACGUAUGGGCAAGCUCGGACGAAAUAUUCUCUCUGUCGAGGGAGAGCUCCGCCGUCGCAGAUGAGGAGCUGGCUCUACGGUGGGAAGUGAUGGACAAGCUACCGGGCAGUGACGGAGUCCGCGAAGGCGGUGCCGGAGCCCUAUUGAAUAAUCUCGAAUACUACGAUGCCGGCGAGGAUCUGCGGAGGCACUUCAAUUUUCAGGAUGUGAAUGUAAAGAAGAUGGGGCUCGCCGACCGCCAGAGAUUAAUGGAUGGUAUCUUCCAGAAGACGGAGGAUGAUAACGCUGUCUUCCUCAAGAAGCUUCGCGACAGAAUAGAUAAGGCUGGCAUUCAGCUUCCAACCGUUGAGGUCAGAUUUGAAAACAUAAAUGUGGAGGCUAAGUGCCACGUGGGCUCUAGAGCAUUGCCGACUCUUCUUAAUGAAAUAAAAAAUGUUGCCGAGUCAAUGUGGGCUUUUCUUGGUAUAAAACUUAGUAAGAUGACAAACAUCAACAUUCUCAAAGAUGUCUCCGGGAUCAUAAAGGCAUCAAGGAUGACAUUGCUUUUAGGACCUCCAUCUUCUGGAAAGACUACACUUUUACUAACUCUAGCUGGAAAGCUUAACCCAUCACUGGAGAUGACAGGAGAAGUGACAUACAAUGGAUACAUGCUGAACGAAUUUAUACCACAGAAGACAGCAGCAUACAUUAGCCAAAACGAUAUCCAUACCGGUGAGAUGACUGUGAAGGAGACACUAGAUUUUUCUGUUAAAUGUCAAGGCAUCGGAGAUAGAUAUGAACUUUUAAGUGAGCUGACUAGAAGGGAGAAGUUUAAAGGCAUAGUACCAGACCCUGAGGUGGAUCUCUUCAUGAAGGCAACUUCUAUGAAUGGCGUGCAAAGUGGUCUCCAAACAGACUAUACCAUGAAGAUUCUAGGAUUGGAUACAUGUGGUGACAUUGUUGUGGGUGAUGAGAUGAGAAAAGGAAUAUCAGGAGGUGAAAAGAAGCGUCUUACAACAGGUGAGAUGAUUGUUGGGCCAACAAAAACACUUUUUAUGGAUGAGAUAUCCACAGGAUUGGACAGCUCAACGACACAUCAGGUAAUAAAGUGCUUGCAACAGAUUGUGCAUCUAGGUGAGGCAACUAUUGUUAUGUCCCUCCUCCAACCUGCACCGGAGACCUUUGAUCUUUUUGAUGACAUCAUCCUUUUAGCUGAGGGUCGUAUUGUCUACCAAGGCCCUCGCGAGCAUGCCCUCAAUUUUUUUAAGAGUUGUGGCUUUCAAUGCCCAGAGCGGAAGAGUGUUGCUGAUUUUUUGCAAGAGGUUACCUCAAGAAAGGAUCAGGAACAAUAUUGGGCUGAUAAAAGCAAAACAUAUAAAUUCAUAUCUGCAGCUGAGUUUGUUAGACACUUCAAAAAAUUCUACAUUGGCAGAGAUCUGCAAAGCAAGCUUUCAGUUCCUUUUGACAAGAGGAAGAGCCAUAGAGCAGCUUUGGUGUUCACCAAGUGCUCUGUUCCUUUGAAGGAUCUCCUCAAAGCUUCCUUUGCGAAGGAGUGGCUUCUUAUCAAAAGGAACUCCUUUGUUUAUAUCUUCAAGUCAACACAGCUUGUCAUUCUUUCAUUGAUUUAUUCGACUGUCUUUCUGAGGACAAAAAUGCAUACAGCAACAGAAGCUGAUGGAUCUGUUUAUAUUGGAGCAAUACUUUAUGGUUUGCUUGUUAACUUGUUCAAUGGUUUUGCAGAGCAAGCACUAGCUAUCAUGAGGCUUCCUGUGUUCUACAAGCAAAGGGAUCUCCUCUUCUAUCCAACCUGGGUCUUCACCGUUCCAAAUUGCAUCAUAAAGAUUCCCAUAUCUAUUAUAGAGUCUGCUGUUUGGGUCUUUGUGACUUAUUACAUGGUAGGAUUUGCUCCAGAGUUUAGUAGCUUCUUUAAACAGCUCCUCAUCUUCUUCAUAAUUCAGCAAAUGGCAGCAGGCUUAUUAAGACUGGUAGCAGGAAUUACCAGACAUAUGACUACUGCCAAUACAUAUGGAUGCAUCUUUUCACUCCUUUUGAUGUCUCUUGCUGGCUUUGCUAUACCUAAAGCUUUGAUGCCAAAAUGGUGUCGCUUGGGUUAUUGGAUUUCACCGCUAACCUAUGCAUUUAAUGCUAUCGCAAUCAAUGAGAUGCUUUCUCCUAGGUGGAUGGACAAAUUUGCACCGGAUGGCAGGAGAUUAGGGUUGGCAGUCCUAGAGAAUAUGAAUGCCUUCACGGAUAAGAGCUGGUAUUGGAAAUCAGCUGGUGUUCUUUUAGGUUAUGCCAUCCUCUUCAACAUCCUCUUCACACUAUCCCUCCAGUAUCUAAAUCCUCUGAGCAAGCCAAAUCCACUGCUGUCAGAAGAACCAGAAGUGGAGGUGAAAGAUCAAAAACAUGUUGCUGUUGACAAUGGAAAUAUGUUAGAGAUGAAGGAACAAAGUUGGAGUACUGACAGUAGCAUUGCUUCACCAGAUUGGCGUAGUUGUGAAACAUAUAAAAACAAAGCAAGCAAAUCUGGAUCUAUUGGUGGAAUGGCUCUUCCUUUUACACCCCUUGCCAUGUCUUUUAAAGAAGUGAACUACUAUGUCAACAUACCUCCUGAAAUUAAAAAGCAGGGGGUCACUGAAGAUAGAUUACAGUUAUUGAGGGGCGUUACAGGGGUUUUUCGACCAGGAAUCCUCACAGCUCUCAUGGGUGAGAGUGGAGCAGGAAAGACAACACUUCUGGAUGUAUUGGCUGGUAGAAAGACUGCAGGCCAUAUUGAGGGAGAUAUUAGAAUUUCUGGCUACCCCAAGAAGCAAUCAACAUUUGCAAGGAUUUCAGGUUACUGCGAGCAAUUUGAUGUUCACUCUCCUCAGCUUACUGUUGAAGAGUCACUAAUCUUCUCUGCAUUUCUUCGCCUUCCCAAGGAAGUCAGCGAAGAAGAUAAACUUAGAUUCGUAGGCGUAGUGAUGGAGCUAGUUGAGCUCAAAGUCCUCAAGGAUGCAUUGGUAGGGAUUCCAGGAGUUACUGGUUUAUCCACAGAGCAAAGGAAGAGGUUGACAAUAGCUGUCGAGCUUGUUGCUAACCCAUCAAUAGUAUUCAUGGAUGAACCAACAUCAGGCCUUGAUGCAAGGUCGGCUGCUAUUGUCAUGAGAACAGUAAGAAACACUGUCAACACAGGAAGAACUGUUGUUUGUACCAUCCAUCAACCGAGCAUUGACAUAUUUGAAUCCUUUGAUGAGCUACUUCUACUAAAGAGAGGGGGUCAAUUAAUAUACUCUGGACCUUUGGGCCCAGAUUCCCAGAAGCUUAUUGGCUACUUUGAGUCUGUUCCCGGAGUUCGCAAGAUCAAGAAUGGACGCAACCCAGCAGCAUGGAUGCUGGAAGAAAGUUCUAUAACAUCUGAAGCAAGACUGGAAAUUAAUUUUGCAGAAAUAUACAAAUCCUCAGCUUUACACAAGCGCAAUAAGGCUUUGGUAAAAGAACUGUGCAAACCAUUUCCCGGCACUUUUGAUCUUCACUUCUCAACACAGUACGCUCAAUCUAGCUUUGAUCAAUUCAAGAUCUGUCUAUGGAAGUAUUGGUCAAUAUACUGGAGGAACCCAGAGUACAAUCUCUCAAGGCUUGGCUAUACUCUUGUGGCUGCUAUACUGCUUGGUUCCAUUUUCUGGAAGAUUGGACUUCGCAGGGAUAGCUCAACUGAUCUUAAUUCUGUCAUUGGAGCAAUGUACCUUGCGGUUCUUUUUCUUGGGUUUGGGAACUGCUCCACCGUGCAAACCCUUAUUGCAAAUGAGAGAACUGUAUAUUACCGUGAAAAGGCUGCUGGGUUGUACUCAGCUCUGCCAUAUGCUCUCUCUCAGGUGAUCGUUGAAAUACCAUACGUGAUCUUCCAGACAGUUUACUAUGUGAUUAUUAUCUACUCCAUGAUGAGCUUCCAAUGGACUACAUUGAAGUUUCUUUGGUUCUUUGUUAUCUCCUUUCUGACCUUCAUCUACUUCACAUACUUUGGGAUGUUAUCAGUGGCGGUGUCUCCCAACUCACAAGUUGCUGGAAUCUUGUCUGCGUUCAUCUUUUUUCUUUUCAAUCUUUUCUCCGGGUUCUUCAUCCCAGGGCCAGAACUUCCCGUAUGGUGGGUGUGGUACUACCGGAUCUGUCCCGUGUCAUGGACAUUUUACGGUCUUAUUGUGACACAAUACAGUGACAUGGAUGACCUGAUAAAGAUUCCAGGUCAGUCCGACCAACCAAUCAGAGACUAUGUUAUGCAUCAUUUUGGCUACAGGGAUGACCAGAAGCACAUUAUGCUUCUUGUGCUUUUGGGCUUCACCCUUAUGUUUGCUGCCAUAUAUACUUACUGUAUUAGGUCUAUAAACUUCCAGCGAAGGUAGAUUUGAGAGGAUUUUCACCUGAAACCACACUAUACUUUGAGCUAAGUUUUUGCCAGUGGCUCACAAUAAGAGAAUUUUGGAGCAGACGAGAGCAUUUUUUAUAGAGAAAGAUUUGUGACACUAAUUUUUCCUUAAUAAAAUAAUGUUUUCUUUGUCUU